UACGAUUACAUGGUGUUCGAUAUACUGGUAUACGGUUAGAAGCCCGCUGUCAACACUCAAUGGGCUACUCUUUUCGAUCUUUCAUAUUAACUAAUCCACAGACAGGAUAGUACAUACCACGGCCUUUGUUACACCAGUUAAAUCUACACAAGACAGAGCUCAGUAGAUAUAACACACACGCAUGCAUGCACGUACGCGCGCCUUUUUGGUAAAACUAGUGUGUACUUGUCCUUUGUAAACUAUGCUAGUCAGUGGCGUUAAAAAAGUAGUUGUGAUUAUCAAUUUUUUUUAUAAAUUAAGGAGAAGAAACUGCAGGUUCUAAAAAAAAAAAAAAAAAAAAAAUCAAAAAAAAAAUUCAAAAUUAAAACGUUUGGCAUGUUUAUGUAGAAUGUCAUACACCCACCACACACUUCGGCGAAUCACGUACAGAAAUCAGUCGACUUCACUAUCGCCCUCUGCCGGCGGAGCUGAGAAUUACCCGUGUAUAGCCUUGGUCAUGUGACCAUCAUAACAGCUCUAUCUGUGAUCAUGGAGUGGCCGGCGGUGUUACAAGCCGUGUUAUAUUUUUUGACCAUUUCGCUGUCGUCCACAGUUAAAGUGGAGGAAAAAUACCACAAAUCACUUUUAGAAAGAAGUCAGGAUAUUAUCCGAGCCGCCGACGCAGAAGAGUCAAUAUAUUAUAAAAAGGAUAUACCUCAUUUCCAUGAAAAAUGGGAUUGCGAUAUUCCCCAGUCUCCUCUGAAUGGAUUUAUUGUUGGUACGGACUAUAGUAUUGGCGCCACAGUGCACGUGCGGUGUAAUGACGGCUAUUAUCUUGUUGGUACGUCAGUGAUGACGUGCUUAGCUGUUCCUGACCCAUUCCAUAAACACACGCAGUGGGACCCAGUUGAAAAACGAAUAUGUAAAAGUCGGACGCGCGAGGAUCCUAAUGUUAAAGAACUUCCACAGUAUAAAUAUAUACCGGAGCAAGAAGUGAAGGACGAUUUCGCGCCCAAAUACGGACAUAUUGGUUUCAAAAAGAUCGACGAACAAAAUACAGACUUUAUUGUACCGGAAGGGCUACACGAGUUAUGCGCCUUGCCUAUGAAAAUAGGAACAUGCCGGGCGGCCUUCCCACGGUAUUUCUUCAAUAUACAUACGAUGGAGUGUGAAAUGUUUAUUUAUGGCGGUUGCGAUGGAAAUGAUAAUAAUUUUGGAACGGAAGCAGAAUGUCACCAGGCAUGCGCAGUCGACAAGUCGUGAUGAUAUGAAAUUUUCAGACAUUAAAAGAAAGAAAGAAAGAGAGACAGCGAGAGAAAGACCCAAAUAAAGUUGGUGUAUAUAUGGUUAAUAAAUAUUAAAUAAUAGUCCACGAACUUCAGGGCGCUAUCUAGCCUAAAUAACGAAGGAUGUGACGGGGUGAGGGGGUCACUUAAAAAAAAAUCAAGGAACAAUAGUAGAGCAUCUCCAGCCAGACGAAAAGGGUACGUUUAAACCAGCAAAGCACUUUUUCGUAUUUUUCUGGACGCAACUGCCACAUUGCCCCUUGGCACUCCUGUCGGUAUUGCCCUGGUGUUGUUACAGCAAAGCAAACUAAAAAGUAAAACGGGUGUCUUUGUGUGAAGGCUGUUAUAGAAAUGAUCACAAGGGUAAGAAAGGGAAGUUUUUCAACUUCCUACAAAACAGGGAUGGAUACAAGAUGUUUGUGGAAGGAAAUGGUGGGAGGGAGGGGCAGGUAAUGUGCUGACGGGAGUACUGGUUCUAAAUACAAGCAACGGACAACAGGGUCAAUUCUAGUGCAGUAAAAUUCGCCACCAAAAAGGUGUGAUGAUGUUUUGGUAGUCGCCCUUAAAAUAAAAAGGAAUAAUUUGGCAGUAUUUACAUUGGAGCGAUUCCAACAGUUAUGUCAGAUGAUUUCUGUUCCUUUGAUCAUUUCUAGAACAAACUUAACUUACCAAAUGCACCUGUAUAUUUUAUGUCAUUAGGCCAGUAUUUUUUUAUUAUUCGGUUUGCCGACGUAAAUUUUGCUCAAAUAAUUUUUAAAAAGUCGUAUUUUUUACUUUUGCCGACUUCCACAAAUAGUUCUAAAGAAAAAAAAAGUUAUCAUUCUAGUCUAUUGUGGCGCAUUUCGUAAGGUAACAAU